AUGACAGACGAUACAUCAAGGCAUCAAGUUUUUUUGCUGGGAGCAGGCAGUGUUGGUAAAACUUCAAUUUUAAAUCAAUAUAUGAAAGGGAAUUUUACCGAAAUUUACACAGAAACUGUAGAAAAUAUUCAAACGCAACCUUACAGUGUAAACGGAAAUAUCAAAUAUGUUGACUUUAUAGACACUGCCGGAAGCAUUGCAUUUCCAGCAAUGAGACAGAUAUACAUUUCUAAAGCAAACGGGUUUAUUCUAGUGUACGCAAUUGACGAUGCUUAUUCGUUUAGAGAAGUAGUAAGAAUAUGGGAACAGAUUAAAUGCGUUCGCAAAAACGUAUUAACUAUCCCAUGUGUUGUUGUAGGAAACAAAAUUGACAAUGACAAUAAGAGGCAGAUAGAAACAUUCGAUGCACUCGAGUGGGCCUUUAAUCAAAAUCUUGGAGGAUGUUUUCUUGAAGUCUCAACUAAAGAGGGUGGGAACGUCAAGGAUAUUUUCGACAUUCUUCUGGAACAGUUCGGAAACACAAGGGCUCCCCAAACUGGUCGAUUCACUAUUCGAUCUACAAGCUUAUCAAGGAAACCAGUGGAAGAUGAGGGAUUCAGACUAAAACUUAGAAAGAAAAGGUUCGACAAAAUGGUGGCAUACGACAAAGUUGUUUCUUCUACUAAAGUUUUUCAACAGGUUGCGUUCACUGGUUAUAAGAAAAACACCAUUUAUCGUUUGAAACCAGAACCAAAACUGCGCUCCAACAAUGCAUUGGCAAGGAAAAAAAGUUUUGGUAAAAAUGACGAAAAACCUUCUAAUGUUAGAAGCACAAGUGUACCAACAGGCAAUGAAAAAAUUUCUGCGACUAGACAACUUGCAAGGAAAAGCAUGGAGGAUUUAUACUCUUAUAAAACCACAAGAUAUGAACAAGGGAGUAAUGAAAACGAGUCUAAAACUAAAAUAAAUGGCAAUACAGGACUAUUCGCAAAGGUACGAAAAUACUUCCGUAGAUCUAGUACGUAA